AUGUUCCGCUACGAGUCUUUGGAGGAUUGUCCUCUGGAUGAAGAUGAGGAUGCAUUUCAAGGCCUGGGAGAGGAAGAUGAAGAAAUUGAUCAAUUCAAUGAUGAUACAUUUGGGUCAGGUGCAGUUGAUGAUGAUUGGCAGGAAGCACAUGAGCGACUGGCUGAAUUGGAAGAGAAGCUACCGGUAGCAGUCAAUGAACAAACAGGCAAUGGAGAAAGGGAUGAGAUGGACUUGUUGGGUGACCAUGAGGAAAAUCUGGCAGAAAGUCUCAGUAAGAUGGUGAUUGAAAAUGAACUAGAAGAUCCAGCCAUCAUGAGGGCAGUGCAGACCAGGCCAGUGUUGCAACCCCAACCAGGAGGUCUCAAUUCCAGCAUCUGGGAUGGAUCUGAAGUUCUGAGGCGAAUCCGAGGACCAUUGCUUGCUCAGGAAAUGCCUACGGUGUCUGUAUUAGAAUAUGCCUUGCCUCAGAGGCCCCCACAGGGCCCAGAAGAUGAUCGGGACCUUUCCGAGCGUGCAUUACCACGGCGGUCAACUUCACCUAUCAUUGGGAGCCCUCCUGUUAGAGCUGUCCCCAUAGGCACCCCACCUAAGCAGAUGGCUGUACCCAGCUACAACCAACAGAUUCUGUGUCCGAAGCCUGUCCAUGUUCGGCCCCCAAUGCCACCACGUUAUCCUGCUCCCUAUGGUGAGAGGAUGUCUCCAAACCAGCUCUGCAAUGUCCCGAACUCUUCCCUCCUGGGUCACCCUUUCCCUCCUAGUGUUCCUCCGGUUCUCAGCCCCCUCCAGAGAGCACAGCUUCUUGGAGGAGCACAGCUACAGCCUGGACGGAUGUCUCCCAGCCAGUUUGCACGGGUCCCUGGAUUUGUUGGUAGUCCACUUGCUGCCAUGAAUCCCAAGCUGCUGCAAGGGCGAGUUGGGCAGAUGCUUCCCCCAGCACCAGGCUUCCGUGCCUUCUUUAGUGCUCCACCUCCUGCUACACCACCUCCUCCACAGCAGCACCCCCCUGGCCCAGGACCUCUCGUGCAAAACUUACGAUCUCAGGCCCCAAUGUUUAGAGCAGACACCACUCAUCUUCAUCCACAGCACCGUCGACUUUUGCAUCAGAGGCAGCAACAGAAUAGAAAUCAGCAUCGGAAUCUCAAUGGUGCAGGAGAUAGAGGAAGUCACCGGAACAGUCACCAAGAUCAUCUCCGGAAGGAUCCAUAUGCCAAUCUCAUGUUGCAGCGAGAAAAGGACUGGGUCUCCAAAAUCCAGAUGAUGCAACUGCAAAGCACUGAUCCCUACUUGGAUGAUUUUUAUUACCAGAAUUACUUUGAAAAACUGGAGAAACUGUCAGCUGCUGAAGAAAUACAAGGUGAUGGUCCUAAAAAGGAGCGCACCAAACUCAUUACCCCUCAGGUGGCCAAACUGGAGCAUGCCUAUAAGCCAGUGCAGUUUGAAGGCUCUUUGGGAAAGCUUACCGUCUCUAGUGUGAAUAAUCCCCGGAAAAUGAUUGAUGCUGUUGUGACAUCUCGGAGUGAGGAUGAUGAAACAAGAGAAAAACAGGUUCGGGACAAGAGACGAAAAACCCUUGUCAUAAUUGAGAAAACCUACAGUUUGCUCCUGGAUGUGGAGGAUUAUGAAAGGCGUUACCUCCUAAGUCUAGAAGAAGAUCGACCUGCCCUGAUGGAUGAAAGAAAGCACAAAAUUUGCAGCAUGUAUGACAACUUAAGGGGAAAAUUACCUGGACAAGAGAGGCCAAGUGAUGACCACUUUGUACAGAUCAUGUGUAUCCGAAAAGGGAAGAGAAUGGUUGCCCGCAUUCUCCCUUUCCUCUCCACAGAGCAAGCAGCUGACAUUCUCAUGACAACAGCCAGGAACCUCCCAUUCCUUAUCAAGAAGGAUGCACAAGAUGAGGUGCUGCCAUGCUUAUUGAGUCCCUUCUCCCACCUCCUCUAUCAUCUUCCGUCAGUGACUGUCACCAGCCUUCUGCAACAGCUAAUGAACCUACCUCAGAGUGCAGUUGCACCAGCACCCUCUAAUCCUCACCUUACUACUGUUCUCCAGAACAAGUUUGGCCUGUCACUGCUCCUCCUCGUCCUGAGCCGUGGGGAAGACCUACAGAGUUCAGACCCUGCUGCAGAAUCAACGGAAAACAACCAGUGGAUGCAAGUGAUGUUCAUGGCAACCAGAGAACUUCUGAGGAUUCCCCAGGCAGCCCUGGCCAAGCCAGUCUCUAUCCCCACAAACCUAGUAUCCCUCUUUUCUCGCUAUGUUGACCGACAGAAACUGAAUUUGCUGGAGACAAAACUGCAGUCAAAGGCAGAAAUGAGACAUACCUGCCGUGGUACCAUCAACCUGGCCACAGCCAACAUUACUGUGGAGGACUCCUGCAACUUCAUCAUCUCCAAUGGAGGUGCUCAGACCUAUCAUCUGAAGGCCAGCUCGGAAGUGGAGCGGCAGCGCUGGGUGACAGCCCUGGAACUGGCCAAGGCCAAGGCUGUGAAGAUGCUGGCAGAAUCAGAUGAGUCAGGGGAUGAAGAGUCUGUCUCACAAACUGACAAGACAGAGCUGCAGAAUACCCUUCGGACAUUGUCCAGCAAAGUUGAGGACCUGAGCACAUGCAAUGACCUGAUAGCCAAGCAUGGCACCGCGCUGCAGCGCUCCCUCAGUGAGCUGGAGUCCCUGAGGCUGCCUGCUGAGAGCAACGAAAAGAUCAAGCAGGUCAACGAACGGGCCACACUCUUCAGGAUCACAUCCAAUGCCAUGAUCAAUGCUUGCAGAGAUUUUCUUAUGUUAGCCCAGACCCAUAGUAAAAAAUGGCAGAAGUCACUGCAGUAUGAGCGAGACCAGCGGAUCCGGCUGGAGGAGACCUUGGAGCAGCUGGCAAAGCAGCAUAACCACCUGGAGAGGGCUUUCCGAGGAGCCACGGUGCUGCCGGCACACCCUUCUGGCAGUGCGGGUCCAGGAAAAGAUCAGUGCUGCUCUGGCAAAGGAGACAUGAGUGAUGAGGAUGAUGAGAAUGAAUUUUUUGAUGCUCCUGAGAUCAUCACCAUGCCUGAAAAUUUGGGCCACAAACGUACUGGCAGCAACAUCAGUGGAGCCAGCAGUGACAUCAGCCUUGAUGAACAGUACAAGCAUCAGCUGGAAGAGACCAAGAAGGAAAAGAGAACUAAAAUACCAUACAAACCCAACUAUAGCCUCAACCUGUGGAGCAUCAUGAAGAACUGCAUUGGAAAAGAACUCUCUAAGAUCCCCAUGCCGGUAAACUUUAAUGAGCCCUUAUCCAUGCUUCAGCGCCUUACUGAAGAUCUGGAAUACCACGAGCUGUUAGAUCGAGCUGCAAAAUGUGAAAACUCUCUAGAACAGCUCUGUUAUGUUGCAGCUUUCACCGUGUCUUCCUACUCCACUACUGUCUUCCGUACUAGCAAGCCAUUCAACCCACUCCUUGGAGAGACUUUUGAACUAGACCGAUUAGAAGAGAAUGGGUACCAAUCCCUCUGUGAGCAGGUGAGUCAUCAUCCCCCAGCUGCUGCACACCAUGCUGAGUCCAAAAAUGGCUGGACGUUGCGUCAGGAAAUCAAAAUCACCAGCAAGUUUCGAGGCAAAUAUCUCUCCAUUAUGCCCCUUGGUACCAUCCACUGUAUUUUCAAGGAAAGUGGUCACCACUACACUUGGAAGAAAGUUACCACAACAGUACACAACAUUAUUGUGGGCAAGUUGUGGAUCGAUCAGUCUGGUGAAAUUGAUAUUAUAAAUCACAAGACAGGAGACAAGUGCAAUCUGAAAUUUGUUCCUUAUAGCUAUUUUUCUCGGGAUGUAGCAAGAAAGGUGACAGGGGAAGUGACAGAUCCAUCAGGGAAGGUUCACUUUGUCCUGCUGGGGACUUGGGAUGAGAAAAUGGAUUGUUUUAAAGUCCAGCCUGUUGUUGGGGAAAAUGGGGGUGAUGCUCGACAGAGAAGCUGUGAAGCAGAGGAGAGCAGGGUCAUGCUGUGGAAAAGGAACCCCUUGCCGAAGAAUGCAGAAAACAUGUACUACUUCUCAGAGCUUGCUCUAACUCUCAAUGCCUGGGAAGCUGGCACCGCCCCCACAGACAGCCGAUUGCGGCCUGACCAGAGGCUGAUGGAAAAUGGGCGCUGGGAUGAAGCCAAUGCUGAGAAGCAGCGCCUGGAAGAAAAGCAGAGACUCGCCAGAAAGAAGAGAGAAGCAGAAGCUGUGAAAGCCACAGAGGAUGGCACACCGUACGAUCCCUACAAGGCACUGUGGUUUAAGCGGGAGAAGGACCCCGUUACCAAGGAGUUAACCCAUAUUUACAGGGGAGGAUACUGGGAGUGUAAAGAAAAGCAGGAGUGGACCGCAUGCCCGGACAUCUUCUGA